AUGGAUACUACCUUGCGAUCAGCCCAUUCUUCCCGACCCCCAACUCAGCCCUCCACCUUCUCCUCAUCGACUUUAACUCUCAACCCUUCUACCAACCUGACCAGUGUCUCAGGCCAACCACCGCAACUUUGCAUCCCCCCCAAUCCUGUCAACCCAGCUUUCACAGCUUCUUUUCAAUCUGCCCCCGCCUCGAGCACUCAAGUCGCCAUGCCGCAAACACAAACCUUCUCCCAUUCGCUGAGUAACCCCUCACACUCCGCCGGGCUGCCAGUCGCUCCUCAGGGAAUUAACCAGUCUGUACCGCGAUCGGAGGGGUUCCCCACAUCCCAGCCUGCUGGUGACUAUCCUCAUCAGGUCAGCGGACUGGGUGGACCGACGGCCACGGCACCCUUCCUACAAGAUUUUAAUCUUGUGGCCGAAGCUGCCAAACGAGCGCAAAUGUCCAUAGUCAUGCGUGACUUGGAAAGCGUGACCCUAUAA